AUGAAGGUGUACGAGCCUCUGCCAAUCCUGAAGAAAAAUGGGGUGUUCAUAAAUUUCAAGCUGGAGAAAACUCCCCCAUCUGAGCUGAAGACACAAAGAACAAAGUGGCUCAGUAGAACGCCAGACCGUCCCUCUAAGCGUUGGGAUGCUGCCUCUACCAGGAUCUUGACUAUAGCUGUGUUCCAGCAUCGGUCCACCAGCAAGACCGUUGUUGCUAUGAAUACUCAUCUCGAUGACCAAGGUCCCCCACGGACAGAGCCCACCUAUUUUUCUUGCGACUUCAACAGUGAACCUGAACAAGAAGCCUACAAUGAGAUGACUAGUUCAACAUCUCCAAUGGCCGAUCUGCAAAUGAUGGUCUCUGAGAAUAAACGCUACGGAGAGAUCCAUACUUUCACUGGAUUCGAUUCAAAACACCUUAAAAGAAUCGACUUCAUUUUCGUGAACAGGGACGAACCAAAUUUGGCCAACAGUAAUUCUAAGAGAGGCAGUCCAGAGAGGUGGUGGCUUGUGGAGGGGUGCGCUGUUCUCCCAAAUCGAUUCGAGUGUGGAAUCUACAAUUCUGAUCAUCAAGUUGUCGUGGGUGACGUGUCUACGAUGUGA